AUGGGGUCGUUCAAGGGCCACGUGCUCCCGGGCACCCUGUUCCUGCUGGUGGGGCUAUGGCGGGUCUGGUCCUCGGCAGCGCGCCACGCCGCGUCGCCCUCGACGUUCCGCGUCCGCGCCUGGAACCCCGUCCCGUCGUCCUCGCCGCUGCGGCUGCGGCUGCUGGAGCUCUACGUGAUCGCCGGCGGCGCGUUCGCGGACAUGUGCGUGGAGGUGCUCUACUCCACGCACCUCCGGAUCUUCGUCGACGGCGGGGAGGUCAACCCGGCGCACCUCAACGACCUCGAGCACGGCGGGAUGCUCCUCAUGUUCUUCCUCUUCGGCGCCCUCGCGCUCGCCUCCCAGCUCUGGCCCAGGUACUUCCCGCUGACGGACGGCGCGCUCUGCCUCGUGGCGGCGACGGCGUUCACGGCGGAGUUGGUGCUCUUCUACUUCCACUCCACGACGCACAUGGGGCUAGAGGGCUACUACCACUACCUCCUCGUCGUCCUCGUGGCGCUCUGCGUCGCCGCCACCGUCCAGGGGGCGCUCCUGCCGGAGAGCUUCCCCGUGGACCUCGCCUCUGGCGUGCUCAUCGCGCUGCAGGGGCUCUGGUUCUACCAGACGGCGUUCACGCUCUACGGGCCCAUGCUUCCCGCCGGGUGCGCCCGCGACGCCGACGGCCACAUCGAGUGCCGCGCGCGCGCGCGCGCCGCGCAGGAGCGCGCCGAGCAGCUCGCUAACUUCCAGUUUUUCGGGCUUGUGUUCCUCGCGUUCUGUUAUGUGCUUGGGUGCUAUGCCGUUGCUGCGGCCAGGUAUGGCCACCCGGAGCUCGCCGCGAUGCAUGACAGGCACGUCGCGGCGAUGGAGUGCCUGGGUGGAGACGGCGGUGAGCGCCGGGAGGAGUGCGCGAUCUAG